AAAGACCACCACAGAACCGCACAUAGUCCGGGGCAGAUAGAAAAAUUGGAAAAUGAGUUUGUGAAAAACAAUUUUUUGGACGCGAGUAGAAGAGAUAGGAUUUCAGCUGAAACCGGUCUGGAUAUCAACCAGGUUCGCUACUGGUUUCAAUACAGACGGGUGAAGGAAAGAAAACUAAAA